CACCACAAAAAAAGCUCACUCGAUCUCUCGGGAUUAUAAAAGAAAUUACCAGCCGCCAGUGAGUGACAGGUUGAAUCUUUUCAAAACGAACAAAUCCGCUUGUCAUCUGAUUGAUCGCAUCCGAUCAAACGGCGGCUAUUGCCGCCAUGAAGUUAUGCUCCCCCGCCCAUCCCGCAAUGGACCAUGUCCUUCAGCAGAUUAUCUUCUCCCUAGGUCAUUCAGGAUUUUCCUCCGAUCUUGAUAUCAGGGUUCCACGGAGAGACUGGAAUCUUUUUGGCCAGGUUGAGAUGGCUGGCGAUAAGUGAAAGUACCAGGUCCAGAACCACGAUCCACGCACGUCCGGUACGACUCAGCCGGCAACCACCACCAUCCACGCGGCCCAGUCGUGUCCAGCCACCUAAAGCACGGUGCAAGCGCGGAGGUAGACAACAUACCGCAGCCACCCUCUUCCUCCCCCAUCCAUCAUGACACCCCCCAACACACGGUCGAACACACUCUCCCGCCGCUCGUCCGACUCGCACUACUCUGCGGCGAAAGAGGGAUCGCAUUCGGGCCCGUCGUCGCCCAUGUCCCUCCCCGCAUCGCUCCCGUCGCAGCGCGGCUCGUCCAUGGCACGCGCAAGCUGGUCGCUGCACCGCGACGACAUCCCCCCGCGCUCACGCCCACGCCCUCGUACGCGCGCGCGGACGCCCGAGGGGUCGACGGCCGCCAGCCCGUCUUGGUCGCCGGCGCCGGCCAGCCUGCUGCUGGGCGAGCGCAUGCCAUCCCCACCACCUCCGCGACACUUAUGGUCGCCGUCGCAGGACAGCACGAGUGUCGUCAUGUCAUCAUCGCCGACGGACUUUCUCGAUUUCGAGGCCGACACUGCCGCAGCAGCGAAGGGCGCUGAGGAGGCGCAGGUGGAGGCUGAUUACGUCGAGACGCUGGCGAAGUGCGCUGUGAACGCACGCUAUUGGUUCGUGCACGACCAGAUGACGUACUUCAAGGUCGAGAACGAAAAGUUCUGCGUCCAUCGGCACUUCUUGGAGCGCGACUCGGUGUAUUUCCAAGAGCUAUUUGCAGGACCCCUCGGGGACUAUGGCAGGACGGAGAAUGAGGCGAUUCCGCUGGAGGAUGUCACCGGCGCCGAAUUCGAGUGUCUGCUGGACUUCUUCUAUAACGGGAUGUACGUCCACACCGCAUUCUCCCUCGCACAGUGGGUCUCGCUGCUCUCCGUCUCCUCCCGGCUCCAAUUCGAGCUCCUGCGCAACCACUCGAUCCAGCAGAUCGAGGCACACCACACGCCGCUGGACCCGAUCGAUCGGCUCGUCCUCGCAACCAAGUACGACGUGCCCGAGUGGCUCGCGCCGGCGUUCACGGCGCUCUGCCAGCGCGCCCAGCCACUCGAGGAGUGGGAGGCCGAGAAGAUCGGGCUCCGGAACACUGUCCGCGUCGCGAAGGCGCGCGAGGUGUUUCGCGACCGCGUCCUCGGCGUGCUGGGCUCUGGCGUGCCGAGUCCUGCCCCCAGUCCGGUGUAUUCGUAUUGGCGCCCUUCGGGACGUGUGCCGAGUCCGGUUGCGUCGCCGACGAUCCGUGUCGAUGCGGAUCGGCGGUCGGAUGCGAGAGCCUCGAGGAUUUUUGAUGAGCUAUUCUUCAGGGAGCAGUGAGCUCGUCUCUUGGACGUUUAAAAUCCACAGUGUGGAGUAUAGUCGAGGAACUUUAUUUCGCCAGGUGAGCGGGCCUCGAGCAUCUUUUCGGUCAACUAGCCGUGGUACUAUGUAGCUAAGGAAUUGUAUUUCUUUGUAUUUCUUGUCCAUCGUUGGCGAGUACAUCAUUGGAGAGUCGAUGUCAAUUUACUAAUGUUCGGAGCGACGCGCCGAUCGGCUGGCCAUUGAUUCCCCUUCUGGAUCUUUCGUUG